GUGUGCGUGUGCGUGCGCGAAGACGAGAGGACGAAAGGGUCGAUCGAUGAGAUGGUAUCCUCGUGUGACGAGGCCAAACUUGAGCUGGUGCCCCUUAAGAAGGGAAAACCAGGGGACGAAGAGAGAGAGGAGUCCGUGCAGUUCGUUGAGCAGUUCGUGAAGGAUGUCGUGGACUUUAGCUCGCAGUACGGGAGCAACAUUAGCAUUUCCUACACGGCAUAUAAUAUUGCUGGAAACCCGAGCAAGUUUCCCGAUUAUGGAGACUUCCCGCAGGCCUUUGUCAUGCGAACGUAUGGCAGGUGGUGGGACAGAGCGCCUUCAAAAUCCUUGGAUUACAUGCCUCAAAAUAACAAUCCCAUAACAAGUCACGACUAUAUUGAUUUAGAAUAUCAUAAAGAGGUAUAUCCAGUUAGAAUAUCCAUUUAUGAAACUUACAAUCCAGGCAGCGUUGUGGCAAUUUGGGCUAGAAACGAAACUGGCCAGUGGCUACGGCUUUGGAAUGGUCCACCUCAGAUUGUACCGCACAAACCACGAAUAUUUUCACCUCCUUUGCAGCUGUGUAACUUUAAAACGAAAAUGUUGAGAUUAGAAUUUAAUCAUAGUCUACUGGACUACUAUGCUGAACUGGAUGCUGUAUUACUCAUUGGGACAUCCGAACUUAUUAUUCCUAAUGUAGGACUUCAGACGCACAGUUUGAGUUGCUUAUUAAAGGAACUGGGUGGAACGGGAUAUAACAAUGACGAUUGUUAUAAUUUAACUCCAGAUUAUUUGAAAGUUAAUCAAGAUUUAAGAACGUUAAAGAACACAUUGUACAAGCAUUGCACGCUGUACGAAAGUCAAUAUAUCGAAACAGUUCCUAAAGGAAAACUGGCAGCUAAAUUAGGAUUUCACUGUCAUUACAUUCCGCCGAUCGAAGAAGCUUUUAAUAGUUUACAAAAAUUCUUACAAGAAGACUUUCCAAAACUUAUAAGAGAUAUCAAUCUCUCAUCAACGGCUUUAACAGAAUCCGACUUUGAAACACAAACUGUGAAACAUACCAAUAAUACUAAUAAUAAUAAUAAUAAUAAGAAGAAGAAGAAUAAGAAUAAUAGUAAUAAUAAUAAUGGAAAUUUUGCUGCACUUCCUGAUGAAACGGUGCUGAAAAUAUUUAAAAAUUUAGAUUUAAAGUCUCUCAAUCGAUGUAGUCAAGUUAAUCGUCACUUCAAUAACAUUGCUCACGAUGCCCUCCUGUACACGAGUCUCAAUCUCAAACCCUACUGGUAUUGCGUAGAUACGUUUGUUUUAAAUAAUUUCGCCAACAAAUGUCAAUAUUUGCAACGACUAGAUCUCUCCUGGUGUGGUAAUUACAAUACAAUAAAAUCCGAUGACUUCAUUGGAUUUUUACAAAGUAGUGGAAGUACGAUAAUGCACUUGAGGUUAAAUUGCUGUCAUUUUGUGAAUGAUGCUGUUAUUGAAGAAAUUUCGCAAACGUGCAAAAAUCUUAAGGAAUUAUGUCUGCGCAAUUGUACAGCGGUUAAUAGUAAUGGCUUUGCACCUCUGCAGAAUCUAGAAAAGUUAGAGAGACUUGAAUUAUACAGAACAUUGAUCGAAACAGAUACAUUAUGUUCGAUUCUUCAUAAAAAUUCUCAUAUUCGACACUUAAAUUUAGCCGGUAUGCACGAUCGACUCAAUAUGGAUGAUAUAGCUUCGGAAAUAGCAGUCUCUUGUAUAAAACUAGAAAGCAUUGACUUUUGGAAAGCUCAAACUCUUACGGUGCAUGGUAUAAGAGCCUUAACCCAUUGUACCAAUCUAAAAGAAAUCGACUUCGGAUGGUGUACUGGAAUAGGAGCAGUUGGAGAUUCCUUGAGAGUACUAUUGAGCUCGUGCAGAAACCUGAAAAAACUUUUUUUGACGUCGUUUCGUGGUCUGACGGACCGUGAUCUCGAGCCAUUGCUGUUGUGUCAGAAUUUACAGCAACUAGAUUUACUUGGAGCUCGCUCUCUUACUCCCGAUAUUUGUAUAAAGUUACUUUCUUGUCUGCGCUUGCACAUGAUCGACUUAAGCUUCUGUGAAGGAAUCAGCGAUGCUAAUAUUAUCGAGUGGCGUAAACGUUAUCCAUGCGUAUCGAUAAAAAGAAGCUCUCAAGCUAAUGGAUAGCGAAUAAUUUGCUUAGAAAAUUUAACGAUAAAGACUAUGAUUUAUUAAACUGUGCUGUGUUAAAUGUAAACUUAUGAAAUGUAAUGGGAACUUAAAAUAUUUGUGAUUAAACAGUGACAUUAUAUACUACAUACGAUUGCUCAUUUUAAAUCAAUACGUUAGCUCCUCGAGGCUAUAUGUAAUAUUUUAAAGAAACGAGC